AUGGGUAUUCAACGCGGAGACCGACGAGGGCGACCAACCUCAUCAGCUGUUCCAGAUGCUCUUAUUGAAAGAUUCGGACAACUUCACGUCCUAGAUGACUUGAUUCGUCUUCGUGCUGCAGACUACGUUCAACACCCUAUACUCGCAUAUCCCAGCUGCGAAAAGGAUGCUGCAUUAUACAAUUACUAUACUGGGCGAGACCUGGAUGAGAUGAUUGAUCAAACCGUCUCCGUGCUUACGGACUCUGGUUUUCCCCCACCAAAAAGGGACGGGAGUAUCGUGGCUCUACUUACCCCAUCCGAUCUAAACAUGGUGAUUGUAUUUUUUGCCCUGAGCCGCCUGGGGUAUACAGUGAUGAUGUUAUCGCCGCGACUAUCUGGCGAAGCAUGUGUGUCCCUACUUGACAAAGUGAACUGCGACACAAUAUUGUACGGCAAUACUGGGAGCAUUAGAGCGACAAUGGGCGAGAUUCUGCAACGAAAGCUAGUAAAUUGCCGCCCAAUACCAAGUGCUUCGAGCAAUGGCCCGACAGAAACUGCGCUCCUAGUCCUGCACCGGAAUCGGAAUACCGAAGCGCAAAAGAACAAGAUCGCCGUCAUUCUUCAUUCAUCAGGAUCCACUGGCACUCCAAAGCCGCUCUUUCUCACACAUCGAGCCUUGAUGACACAUCCUCUUCGAGGUCCUGGAUUGACAUCGUUCAAUCCUCUACCGUGGUAUCAUCUUCAUGGUCUCUCUACUGCACUGCAGGCAAUGUGGAUGAGAAAAACUGCAUAUAUGUGGAACGCAGUGCUUCCACUAACAGAAAAGUCUGUUGUUUCUGUUCUAGAAGCCACACGGCCCCAAUCCGUGGCGGCAGUGCCUUAUAUGCUCCAGCUGUUGGUCGAUAGCCCAAGAGGAGUUGCCGCGCUGGGAAAAUGCAAGCUGGUGACAUAUGGAGGCGCUCCCUGUCCGGAUGAACUUGGUGAUCGUCUGGUCAGCGAAGGCGUUCCUUUUGGCGGAUCUUUUGGCUUAACGGAGGCAGGAUUGGUGGCGGAGUCAAUAUCCAGACCGAAGGGCGACCCAUACUGGAACUAUCUACAGUUCUUUGACAAUAUCCGGCCAUAUGUCUGGAUGAAACCAAUUGGAAGUUCGCUCUACGAAUGUGUCUAUUUGAGAGGACAUCCUGCGUUGACAACCACUAACUCGAACGAGCCGCCAGGCUCAUUUCAUUCCAAAGACGUCUUCACACCACAUCCCACCAUUCCAGACAGAUGGAAGUAUGUUUCUAGGCUUGAUGACCGAAUCACACUGGUAAAUGGCGAGAAAGUUCUUCCACUUCCUAUCGAAGGCUUUGUCAAGCAAGAUCCUCUGAUCCACGAGGCAGUGGUCGUUGGACUGGGAAAAGCUGCACCAGGAAUGCUGAUUUUCCAAGCUCAAGAAGUCGAGGAUGCAGGAAUCUCCGAUGAGGAAUACUUGGAGGCAAUUUGGCCGACUAUUCAAAAUGCCAACUCUCGCACGGAGCGUUUCUCUCAGAUCUCGCGCGAUAUGAUCGCCAUCCUCCCGUCCACAGCCAAGUUCCCUCGGACAGACAAAGGGUCCAUGAUUCGAGCUCAGGUUUAUCAACACUAUGCAGCUUUAAUCGAUGACUUAUACACAAAGUCGGAAGAGACGAAUGGAAAUGUACAACUUGAUUUUGCCGAGACACAAUGUCUUCUCAUGAAACUCUGCCGGGAUGAAUUGUCCAUCUCGAUCCCAACUGUCAACACUGAUUUCUUUGCCGGGGGUAUGGACAGCCUCAAAGCCAUUCAAUUACGACGAGUGAUCCUGCAGCACCUGAGAAUCGACAAACAUGCCUUGAGCCGGAAUGUCGUCUACGAAACCGGCAACGUUGCAACCCUAGCAGGGCAUAUCUGUUCCUUACAGAGUGGACAAGGUGAUGACACCACAAGGGAAAGUGAUCACACUGUUAUGGCAGGCUUCAUUCAGAAAUACUCUUCGUUCAAGAAGCAUAUCCGACGACCAGCAGUUUCCCCAAAUGCAAACAGCGUCAUUCUCACUGGCGCCACAGGAUCCAUUGGUGCUCAUGUCCUCUACGAGUUACUCCAAGAUGACUCUAUCUCAAGAGUAUACUGUCUCACCCGCCGAAAAUCACCAUCAGAUUCAGUCUUGCGCAGCCUGAUUGAUCGCAACCUAUUCAUCACACCGGCGCAAGUAUCCAAAAUUAUCGCCCUAUACAGUACGAUCGACCAAUCCAACCUCGGCCUCGAUGAAAACACCAUUCAAGAAAUGCAAACUACCGUAACCCAAAUCAUCCAUGCCGCCUGGCCGGUAAACUUCAACCUCUCCCUACCCCAAUUCACUCCCCACAUCCAAGGAGUCCACAACCUCCUCCAAUUCUCCCUUUCCGUGCACCGCCCCGAACCAGCCGUCAUGCUAUUCUGCUCCUCCAUCUCCACCGCGCUAGGCUCGACCUCCACAUCAAUCUCCGAAGAACCAAUGACGCUUUCAGACGCAUACAUGGGCUACGGACGGUCCAAGCUUGUCGGGGAGCACAUAGUUAGCGUUGCACGUCGUGCCGGCGCGCGAUGCUAUUCCCUGCGCAUCGGACAAGUCUCGGGACACUCCAAAAAGGGCAUGUGGAACGAUAGCGAGGCUCUCCCGUUAAUGAUCCGGUCUUCAUUGACACUUAAAGUGCUUCCUGAAUUAGAUCAGACGUGCUCCUGGAUACCGGUGGAUGGCCUUGCAUCAACCAUCGUCGAGAUUGGGCGUGCGUACUUGUCGAGUGCUACCAUCCCCGUCUGCGUUGUGGAUCAGGGGAAUACGCAGGGAGAGGGUGACACAGAUAAGGAAAGUGACAGUGACAUCAGCGCAGAUACGAGGAUGACAGACGAUUCAAUCUACAACGUGUGCAACCAUCGGGAAUUUUCAUGGUCGGCACUAUUGGAGUCACUGAGCACAAGCGGAUUCGAAUUCGAGAUUGUGCCCUUUGAGAAAUGGAUUGCGAUGCUGCGAGAGAGUGAGGCACGGGGUGAAGAACAUGUCAAUCCAGCUGUAAAGUUGAUUGGACAUUAUGAGGCGAUGCAUGGUAAGGGGUCGUCGUCGCUGAGUUUGAAAAAAUUCUAUACCGAUCGAGCUGAGAGGGAUAGUGAGACUUUGCGCGAGGGUCGGUUGAGGAUUAUCGAGGAUGGGAUCUUGAAUUGCUAUGCUCGAGACUGGUUGUGUCGAUGGAUGACUUCUUGA